CUUCGAACUGGCACCUGUUUUUUUUUUUUUUUCGACGUAAAAGCAAACCGCCAGGCGGGGCUUUAAUUAACAGCAGACCCAUCUGCUGAAUUCAGUUCGAUCUUCUCUUCUUUUCUGCAUAUAUUUUUGGAGAUUUUGGUUUCUGGGUCAAUCACAGAAUUGCUUAACACUAACAAAAUGAUUCAAUUUGUACUCCUCAUUAGUCGACAAGGAAAAGUGAGAUUGACAAAAUGGUAUUCACCUUAUACACAGAAGGAAAGAAGUAAGGUCAUCCGUGAGCUCAGUGGAGUAAUUUUGUCUCGAGGACCCAAGCUCUGUAAUUUUGUUGAAUGGAGAGGACUCAAAGUUGUUUAUAAAAGGUAUGCUAGCCUUUACUUCUGCAUGUGCAUUGAUCAAGAGGACAACGAAUUAGAGGUCCUCGAAAUAAUUCACCAUUAUGUUGAGAUUCUGGACCGAUACUUUGGCAGUGUCUGUGAGUUGGACUUGAUCUUCAACUUCCAUAAGGCCUACUAUGUAUUGGACGAGCUUUUGAUAGCUGGUGAACUUCAAGAGUCCAGCAAGAAAACAGUUGCUAGGCAAAUAGCUGCUCAGGAUUCAUUGGUGGAGGCUGCAAAAGAGCAGGCCAGUUCGAUUAGCAAUAUUAUUUCCCAGGCUACGAAGUAGGAUACAGGAUUUGUUAAAACUUUGAAGUGUUGUUCCAUUUGCAUUGAAUUUUAUUAUUCUUGAGAUCUGAAAUGUAUGUUAUGUAUGUUUUCUUCGGGAUGGUACACUGAACUAUAUGUUAAAUGCAGCUCAUAUAUUUUCUGAUUUA